GGGCGGGCGGCGGGCGGCCGGCCGGGAGCGCGCGGCGGACUCGGCGGCGGCGAGUAGUUAGUUGUUGUUAGUCAGUGUCAGUUGCUCGGCGGCGGUGGCUUAGGUCACCAGGAAGGGGACAGGACAGGCGGCGGCGGUGGUCACCGCAGCGGCGUGGGCGCCCCUCAGGUAUCUCCCUAAACUGGAACUUAUGCUGUAGAUGGUUCUUUGUGGUUUACCUAAAAGCUUAAGGAAAAGAGUAUUUGAGGACCAUUUGUAAGGAAAGAAAAGGAAGUAACAACAUAAUGCCUACAGUUGGAGCCAGUUAAACCAGAUCCAAUAAAUGAAAGGAGGAUCCCCCAGAUGGUUCUAAUCAAAUAAGGAAAACAUAAACAUUGCCGUCUUCAAAAAAUAAGUUAAGGAAUGAGAGGCCAGGAAGAAAGGACAUUCAUCUUGAAAGACCCAAAGCACUUUGAAGUUUUAAAGGAAUAUAAUGCUAACUGCUAAAACCACCUUUGUUACCAGAAUGGAUGGAGUUCUUCAGAUUUAAAUGACAGAUUGAUCAUACUUGGAAGAGCUGCUAUAACACAUAGGAGAGGCGAAAACUAAUGGACAAAAAUUUUGUCAUGCACUGAAAGAAAAGCAUUGUCUGUGAAGUUCUAUUUUUUAAAAUGUCUGCUUGUAACACCUUUACUGAACACGUUUGGAAACCUGGUGAAUGCAAGAAUUGUUUUCAACCUAAAAGCUUGCAUCAGCUCCCCCCAGACCCCGAGAAGGCACCCAUCACCCAUGGCAAUGUGAAAACUAAUGCCAAUCACAGUAACAACCACCGCAUCCGGAACACCGGAAAUAUCCGGCCUCCUGUGGCUAAAAAACCCACUAUAGCUGUGAAACCCACUAUGAUGGUGGCAGAUGGACAAAGUGUAUGUGGUGAGCUUAGCAUCCAAGAACACUGUGAGAACAAACCUGUCAUCAUAGGGUGGAACCGAAACAGAACUGCUUUGAGUCAGAAACCACUCAACAAUAAUAAUGAAGAUGAUGUUGAAGGAUUUAGCCACGUUCCUAAGCCUUAUGACAAUAAUGAUAGUGCAAAGAAGAUAUCAAAUAACAAUAAUGGACUCACUGAAGUGUUAAAGGAGAUAGCAGGUUUGGAUACCACCACUCAGAUAAGAGGAAAUGAAACAAACUCCAGAGAAACAUUCUUAGGAAGAAUAAACGAUUGCUACAAACGAUCGCUGGAAAGGAAGCUUCCACCAAGUUGCAUGCUAGGCAGCAUGAAGGAUACUCAGGGCAAGCAUGUCAUUCUGAGUGGGAGCACAGAAGUGAUCAGUAAUGAAGGGGGCCGGUUCUGUUACCCAGAGUUUUCCAGUGGUGAGGAGAGUGAAGAAGAUGUACUUUUCAGUAACAUGGAGGAGGAGCAUGAGAGCUGGGAUGAGAGUGAUGAAGAGCUGUUGGCCAUGGAGAUUCGCAUGAGAGGGCAACCUCGCUUUGCCAACUUUAGGGCAAACACUUUGUCUCCUGUUCGAUUCUUUGUGGACAAAAAAUGGAAUACUGUCCCCCUGCGAAAUAAGUCUCUGCAGAGGAUCUGUGCUGUAGACUAUGAUGACAGCUAUGACGAAAUACUGAAUGGUUAUGAGGAAAAUUCUGUGGUCUCUUAUGGACAAGGAAGCAUUCAGAGCAUGGUGUCUUCUGACUCCACAUCACCAGACUCUUCUCUAACAGAAGAAUCACGUUCUGAGACAGCCAGUAGUUUAUCCCAGAAGAUUUGUAAUGGGGGGAUAUCUCCUAGCAACCCAGGAGAUUCUAAGGAUGUGAAGGAAAUUGAGCCCAAUUAUGAAAGUCUCUCUGGUAAUCAGGAGAAGGACUCAUCACAAGCUUCCAAAAGCUCAAUAAAAGUUCCAGAGACACACAAAGCAGUCCUUGCUCUCCGAUUAGAAGAGAAAGAUGGCAAGAUUGCUGUACAAACUGAGAAGCAAGAAAGUAAAACCUCUACAGAUAUUGCUGGGCAAGCAGUAACCAUAAACCUCGUCCCUGUGGAAGAACAAGCAAAGCCCUACCGAGUUGUGAAUCUGGAACAGCCGUUGUGCAAGCCGUAUACCGUCGUGGAUGUGUCGGCAGCCAUGGCCAGUGAGCGCCUCGAGGGCCCUGUUAACAGCCCCAAGACGAAAAGCUCAUCUUCUACUCCAAACUCUCCAGUGACAUCACCUGCAUUGACACCAGGACAAGUAAGUGCCCAUUUCCAAAAAUCCAGUGCAAUCCGAUACCAGGAAGUAUGGACUUCCAGCACCAGUCCACGACAAAAGAUACCUAAAGUGGAAUUAGUUACUGGGAGAACUGGACCAAAUGUCCCUCCAAGGAAAAACUGUCACAAAUCAGCACCUACUUCACCCACAGCUACAAACAUUUCCUCCAAAACCAUCUCCGUUAAGUCCCCUAAUUUGUCUGAGAUAAAAUUUAAUAGUUACAACAAUGCUGGUAUGCCACCUUUUCCAAUUAUCAUUCAUGAUGAGCCCACUUACGCUCGAAGUUCCAAAAAUGCUAUCAAAGUUCCCAUUGUUAUCAAUCCAAAUGCAUAUGACAAUCUAGCCAUCUAUAAAAGUUUUCUGGGAACAAGUGGAGAACUCUCAGUGAAGGAAAAAACCACAAGUGUAAUAAGCCAUACCUAUGAAGAAAUAGAAACUGAAAGCAAAGUGUCUGAUAACACCACUAGCAAACCCACUGAAUGUCCCCAACCUAAAGGGGUUUCAAACAGCACAGAGCGUAAAAGGGGCUCAGUGGCUCAGAAGGUUCAGGAGUUUAACAACUGUCUCAACAGAGGUCAGUCUUCACCACAGAGAAGCUAUAGUUCCAGCCACAGCUCCCCAGCAAAGAUGCAGAGAACCACUCAGGAGCCUACGGCCAAAACAGAAGGCGUUCAGGAGUCUCAGAUGGUGGGCAGUGGUGGCAGCAGCAGCACGAGGGAGAAAGCAAGCACAGUGCUUUCUCAGAUCGUGGCUUCCAUCCAGCCACCACAGUCUCCUCCAGAAACACCUCAGUCUGGCCCUAAAGUUUGCAGUGUAGAAGAGCUCUACGCCAUUCCUCCAGAUGCCGAUGAUGGUAAGGGUACACUGAAGAGUACACCAGCCCGGCCCAAAUCUCUCUUUACAUCUCAGUCUAGUGGUGAAGCUGAAGCACCUCAGACCAUAGAAAGUCCUACCACCAAAGUACAGAAAGAUCCAUUCACAAAACCAGUCGCCUCCCCUCCCUCCAAAUUAGUGACUAACCUCCAAAGUGAGCCACCACCUCCUUUUCCCCCACCACGCUCUACUUCCUCUCCUUACCAUGCAAGUAACCUUUUGCAGAGGCAUUUCACCAACUGGACCAAGCCAACCAGCCCUGCCAGAUCAACAGAAGCCGAAUCAGUUUUGCAUUCUGAAGGUAGCAGGCGGGCAGCCGAUGCAAAGCCUAAGCGCUGGAUAUCGUUUAAAAGCUUCUUCCGCCGCCGGAAAACGGAUGAAGAGGAUGACAAAGAAAAGGAGCGAGAGAAGGGAAAACUGGUGGGCCUGGAUGGCACAGUCAUCCACAUGCUGCCUCCUCCUCCAGUUCAGCGGCAUCACUGGUUUACAGAGGCAAAAGGAGAGUCCAGUGAGAAACCAGCCAUUGUCUUCAUGUACAGGUGUGACCCUGCCCAAGGCCAGCUCAACGUGGAUCAGAGCAAGGGUGGGGCAGACCAGACAGCAGUCACGGAGAAGGGUAGGACAGAGGAUGCAUUACUGCCAGACUCAGAGGAGAAGAAGAAAAGGAAUCAUUCUUCUCCAUCACAGAUUCCUAAAAAAAUUCUCAGUCACGUGACCCAUGAAGUGACAGAGGAUUUUUCUCCUCGGGAUCCAAAAAGUGUUGUGAAGCAAGAUGGCGGGGGCUGCCCUUCAGCCACACCAGCAUUGCCCCUACCUGAACUGGAAAGGGAAGAGGAAAAAGAAGACGACAUUUCAGAUCCUCUGGACUUAAACCCCUGUAGUGCAACAUACAGCAACUUAGGGCAAUCUAGAGCAGCCAUGAUACCUCCCAAGCAUCCACGGCAGCCCAAGGGAGCUUUGGAUGAUACCAUUGCCUUUGGGGGAAAAACAGACCAAGAAGCACCUAAUGCUUCCCAACCCACACCACCCCCACUGCCAAAGAAGAUGAUCAUCAGAGCCAAUACAGAACCGAUCUCCAAAGACCUCCAGAAAUCCAUGGAAAGUAGUCUGUGUGUCCUGGCUAAUCCCACCUAUGAUAUCGACCCCAACUGGGACGCCAGCAGUGCUGGCUCUUCCAUCAGCUGUGAACUCAAGGGACUGGACAUUGAGUCUUGUGAUUCCUUGGAGAGACCUUUGCACAAAGAGAGACCUGUCCCCUCAGCAGCAAAUAGCAUCUCCAGCUUAACCACUCUCAGUAUUAAGGACAGAUUUUCCAACAGCAUGGAGUCCUUGUCCAGCCGGCGUGGUCCCUCUUGCAGGCCGGGCCGAGGCAUUCAGAAGCCACAAAGACAAGCACUUUAUCGAGGACUUGAGAAUCGGGAGGAAGUCGUGGGUAAAAUCCGAAGCCUUCAUACAGAUGCCUUGAAGAAACUGGCUAUUAAAUGCGAAGACCUCUUCAUGGCUGGGCAGAAGGACCAGCUCCGUUUUGGGGUGGAUAGCUGGUCGGACUUCAGGCUAACCAGCGACAAACCAUGUUGUGAGGCAGGUGAUGCAGUUUACUACACUGCUUCAUACGCAAAAGAUCCACUUAAUAACUAUGCAGUCAAGAUCUGUAAGAGCAAAGCUAAAGAAUCUCAGCAGUAUUACCACAGCUUGGCUGUCCGGCAGAGUCUGGCUGUCCAUUUUAACAUCCAGCAGGACUGUGGUCAUUUCCUUGCCGAAGUCCCCAACCGUCUGCUUCCCUGGGAGGAUCCCGAUGCCCCUGGAAAGGAAGAGGAUGAAAUGGAAGAGAGUGAAGAAGAGAGAAAAGGAGAAACUGAUGGGAAAAACCCAGAGCCCUCUUCCGAAGCAGAGUCAUCCCUGAAAGAGAGCCAGGGGGUCACGACCAAGAAGCAGAGAAGCCACGUUGUGGUCAUCACCAGAGAGGUUCCCUGUCUCACUGUGGCCGACUUUGUGCGAGACUCGCUGGCCCAGCAUGGGAAAAGCCCCGAUCUGUAUGAAAGGCAAGUCUGUCUGCUGCUCUUACAGCUGUGCUCUGGCCUCGAACACCUCAAGCCCUACCACGUCACGCACUGCGACCUGCGCCUGGAGAACCUGUUGCUUGUCCACUACCAGCCGGGGGGAACCGCCCAGGGUCUUGGGCCUGCAGAGCCCAGCCCCACCUCAUCUUGUCCCACGAGGCUUAUAGUGAGCAACUUCUCUCAGGCCAAGCAGAAGAGCCAUCUGGUGGACCCCGAGAUCCUCCGGGACCAGUCCCGCCUCGCCCCCGAAAUCAUAACCGCCACCCAGUACAAGAAGUGUGAUGAGUUCCAGACGGGCAUCCUCAUCUACGAGAUGCUGCAUCUGCCCAACCCUUUCGAUGAGAACCCAGAGCUGAAGGAGAAGGAGUACACGCGAGCAGACCUGCCCCGCAUCCCGCUCCGCUCCCCCUACUCCCGGGGCCUGCAGCAGCUGGCCAGCUGCCUCCUGAACCCCAACCCUUCCGAGAGGAUCCUCAUUUCAGACGCCAAAGGCAUCCUCCAGUGUCUGCUCUGGGGCCCCCGGGAAGAUCUUUUCCAGACGUUCACCGCCUCCCCCAGCCUAGUGCAGAGGAACAGCCUGCUCCAAAACUGGCUGGACAUCAAGCGAACACUGCUGAUGAUCAAGUUUGCUGAGAAGUCCCUGGACAGGGAGGGUGGGGUCAGCCUUGAGGACUGGCUUUGUGCUCAGUAUUUGGCCUUUGCCACCACAGACUCCCUCAGUUGUAUUGUGAAAAUCCUGCAACAUCGUUAAUGUGUCCCGGAUGCUGCUUUUACUACAUUUUCACCUUCUUCAUGUCACCCACAUACUUCCCCUUCCUAAUACUCACACAGAAUUCAAGGAAAGAAGAGAGAGAAAUCUUCUGUCCAUGAGCAAGUGGGUCCAUUCAGAAAGGUUAUUCAGAACUCCAAAUCAAGUGAGAAGCUGAGUCUGUCUUAACUUUACAGAAAUUAAACCACAAAUGUGCAGUUGCCCUCCCCUGAAACACCUUCCAUCCUGAUAGUCCAUAAAUACAGGAAAAAAAAAAUGAGAAUGUACAUCCUUGAAGAGACAGCUCCUUUGCUGUGAACUCAGUGAACCAGUGAGCUUUGUCCAGUUCCUCCAUAAUUCUGAAUAUCUCCUGUCUUUUUAGCACCAAGUAUUUUAUUCUCACUAGCAAUAGACAGACUUAACCAAUUUCUACCAGCGUCCAGUAAGCUCUCACGACAGACUCUUUCUUCCUUUAAGGUAUCAGUAACUGACUCUUACCAGGCAGAACUGCCGUCCUUAGCAUCAGCCCAGUUUCGGCUACCGGGGCCUCUAUCUUCUGUUUCAGCAGGUAGUAGAAAGAAAAGGAGAGUUCCUAUCCCUUGGGUCACAGACCUGUUUCCAUUUCUGUUAUCUAUACGUGUGUGCACUGCAUGGAAGACAGCCCUAAUAGUCUCCCCUCUGCUGCCACUGGCUGAUUCUCUUUCACCUCUACUCUGUCCUCACUUGCCAAGGAAGUUUGGAUUUAUCAGCCACUUGUGGCCCAUUACAGAGCUGACCUGAGGUGGUGUCACCAAUGCCUCAGCAGGGUGGAGUGCAGUUCAGAGCUUAUAAAUAGCUGGCAGGACAUGAGAUGAUUUUCUUGCAUGUGCAAUUCUCUAGGGGCCAUCAGGGAACAGACUUUAAAGUACCAUUCUGUGAUUAUUGUCAAAGCUGUCAGCACUGGAUCACAGUUUCCCCCAAGCAGUAAUUGGCCAGGUCCCUUCCACCGGUAGCCAGUGUCAACUCGUCUACCAAGUAUAAUCAGCAGCCCUGAAUGAAAUGGCUGUCAGUUGAGCUCUAAGAUGGCCUUUGAGGGCACAGCGAAACGGGCUGUUGGGAAUGGCCAUAAGGCAGGGGAGAGGACCAAGGCCACUGAUGAGACUGCUCACCUCAGAAUGAUGCCCUCUCCUAGAGAGACUGCCCCCCUGUGUAGGUGGCACCUCGCUCUCUCUCAGAUGGCUCUGAGGACAGCUCACGGGGAUUUAGGUUGCUGAGGCAGGUGACUGAGAGCUGUUCACCGGGUGCGGAGUCUGUGCUCCUCUCCUAUGGAUAUAUGUGCAAUUUUUGUAUGUAUUUUUUUAGCUGUAUAUUACAGUGUUUAUGUUACAACUUCA